CUGAACACGCAGGUGUCCGUCCUGAUGGGCACUGUCAUCAUGGUGGUGUGCGCGGGGCUGCUGCUGCAGUGCCGCCGGCAGCUGGGCGCGCUGUUCUCGGGGGAGCAGGAGGUGGUGCUGCUGACCAGCCAGGCGGUGCCCACGCUGGCCAUAUCGCUUAUAGGCGAGGGCGCCAACACGGUACUAGCCGGCGUGCUGCGAGGCUGCGGCCGGCAGAAGAUCGGCGCGCAGAUCAACCUCUUCAUGUACUGGGGCAUUGGGCUGCCCUUCGCCUGUCUGCUGGCCUUCCGCAUGGGCCUGGGCGCCAUGGGGCUGUGGACCGGCCUGGCGUGUACGGCAUCCGUACAGUCGCUGAUCCUGUCGUGGAUCGUGUUUAAGUUUGACUGGAACGCGGAGGCUCAGCGUGCCAAGGCGCUGAUCGCGGCCGGUGAGUUGGAGAUUGAGUUGGAGGAGGAGGUGGAGCUGCUAGCGAGCAGCGGGCGGCUGGGGGCGGAGGGGCUGCUGGAUGUGGCUAGCGCCAAGCCCUCCACGUUGACAUUGUGAGGUUGGGCGGCGGCGGUGUACGACGUGCAGCGCACGAGGAGGAAGGGGCUGGGGAGUAUGCGGCAGUGGCGGGCUUGGUUCGGUUUGGCAGCGGCAUGGUGUGCAAUAACAUGAUGUGUAAGGGGCGCAUGAGUACCGGUAGCGUGCAUGCCGUUGGGGCAUCCGGCAGGAGAGAGGCAGUCUUAAUUGUAGUAGAAAUAUGCCCCCUGAAAGCAGGUCAACGGUCAAGUAUACGUGAAGCUGGGCGCAGUGGUCAUGGCGGCCACCGACAUAUGGACAUAACCACGUAUGUGUGCAUGUGAACCUGGUAUGGUGUUUGUGGUCGGUCUUACACACGUGAGUAUCCGGACAGGUAUAACAUGCGGUAGUACCAAAGCCGCAACGCGCAUGGGCUGUUUGUAUGGUUUGGGAUUUGCGGGUUGUUGGUGAUGCUGCUACUUACCAACGCUGUAGUUUUGAUUGCUGUAGAUCAAGGCCUUCGCUAUGCACCCCAACAUCAUGGCAUCUUUACAUGGCUCUGCUUUCGUGCAUGUGUGCCCAACCUAGUUGGCAAAGUGUACUCGGCGAAUGUCUUGACUGCGCCUACAGGUAGCUGUUAUGAUACACACAGUCCGUUAGCCCCCAUGCGGCCCAUCCAACUGCUAAGUGGCAUGACGGUUUCUUUUGUUGUGACUGAUUUGAGCAUUCAUGCUUUCUGUGAUGUGCUUUGUGCGCGGACCUAGUUACCCUGUGGAAUGUGUGGGGGCCUCAUGGACACACUUACCGGUACAUAACGCGCGCCGAGUUACCGUCGAACAAGAUUGCCUGCCAUGAUAGAUGCGACAAGG